AGAGAGAGAGAGAGAGACGACAGAAACACGUACGUAGGUGUAGGUAUUGUACCUCAUCUACGAGGAAAAAUGUCGAGUGCCGCUACUGGAGGCAAUGCUCAGGAGAGCGUUACCAAAUUUUUCGAGUCCCUUCAAGCUGACCUCAAAAUCCUUGCUUCUGAAACGAAGAAAAAAUAUCCGCAGAUCAAAGAGUCAUGUGAAGAAGGAAUAGUCAAGUUAAAACAAGCAUCUUCAAAUAGCCAACCAGGACAAAUGUAUUAUGUUGUCAAUCAAAUCCUCUAUCCAUUAGUCCAGGGAUGUGAAAGUAAAGAUUUAAAGAUUAUUAAGUUUUGUUUAAAUACAAUGCAAAGACUGAUAACUCAACAAGCUAUUGAUCAAAAGGGUGCUCGAUAUAUUACUGAUGCGCUAUGGAUAUUGAUGGAAGCAGGUAUCGAAGAAGUUAAAAUUUUACAAACAGUAACAUUGUUACUGACGAGUAAUUCAAUUGUUCAUGGAGAUACUCUAGCAAGAAACUUGGUACUUUGUUUUCGACUUCAUUUCACUAAAGAUUCUACGACUAUUAAUACUGCCGGAGCUACUGUUAGACAACUGGUUUCUCUUGUGUUUGAGCGAGUUGUUAUUGAAAAUGAUCAACAUUCUGAUCAGCAGAUACAAGAGGAAAGUAAUUUGGAAGAACUCAAAUUAUCUACAAAUCAAGCACCAAAGGCUCUCAGACCUUGUGCUGCUGAUGCAUAUUUAAUGUUUCAGGAUUUAGUACAAUUAGUUAAUGCAGACCAACCAUAUUGGUUAAUAGGCAUUACUGAAAUGACAAGAACCUUUGGUCUGGAAUUACUAGAAUCUGUUUUGACGAAUUUUUCAUCAGUAUUUUUCAAGCACCCAGAAUUUAGUUUUCUUUUAAAGGAACGCGUUUGUGCUCUUGUUAUAAAACUAUUUUCACCUAAUAUAAAGUAUCGAAACUCUGUGCCAGCUUCUGUGCAACAAGCAACACCUCUUGAUAAACCAUAUUUUCCAAUAAGUAUGAGAUUGCUUAGAGUUGUAUCAAUUUUAAUUCAAAAAUAUCAUUCAUUAUUGAUAACAGAAUGUGAAAUUUUUUUAUCGUUAAUUGUUAAGUUUUUGGAUCCCGAUAAACCACCAUGGCAACGUGCUUUAGCAUUAGAAGUUCUGCACAAGAUGACAGUUCAGGCUGAUUUAUUGACUAGUUUCUGUAAUUGCUAUGAUUUAAAACCACAUGCUACUAAUAUAUUUCAAGAUAUAGUUAAUAGUUUAGGGGCUUAUGUACACAGUCUUUUUAUAAAUCCACAUAUGGUACAGACUAAUACAGGAUCAGCUGCGCCAAUUGCACAAGGUACUGCUCCAGCAUUAUUGGCAGGGAUGCCCAUAGGACCCGGUGUGACUCCUCAGCCUGGAUUCUACUCAAGAGGAAUCUGGCUUCCAGUAGUAGCUACAUUUACUAGUGGCCAAGCCAAAUCAACAUACUUAGAAAUGCUGGACAAGGUGGAUCCGCCACAAAUUCCAGACGGCUAUGGCAUUAGUAUCGCGUAUGCUUGUCUCCUUGACAUAAUUCGCUCAAUUGCCCUGGCCAUAAUCGGACCACGCGAGGAGGGUGCAGAACAUAACUAUGAGCCGUCCGAGCUCGAACGCAAGCUCCAUGUGCAGCUCAUCAGUUCAAGUUGGUGUGGUCUACUCGCGGCUUUGAGUCCGCUAAUCGACGCGAGUACCGACGAAUCUGCUACGGAAAACGUGCUUAAGGAAAUCCAGACGUUCGCAUCGCUCUGCGGAUUGUUAGACUUGCACACACCUCGGGACGCCUUUAUCACGGCCAUUUGUAAAGCUUCGUUGCCUCCUCAUUACGCUCUCACGGUACUCUACAGUGCUCCCCAGGGUAUUGCUUCCGGAGCUAGACAGCAACAGCAGCAACAACAGCAACAGCAACAACAGCAGCAACAACAGGAUGUGGGAACGACGUCGGGAACGACGUCGGCCAAUCAAUAUAAUCCAUCCAAUUUAGGGGACUCGGAUUAUAGGCAGCAAGUCGUAGCCGUUGGAACUCCACUCCCAACGGCCUCUCUCCCAAUUGGCGCUCAACAGGGUCCUGUGAUGCUGACUGUAAAGAACCUCCAGUGUAUGCGAGCACUCUUGCUCUUGGCUCACUGUCAAGGAAGCAUCCUGGGGAGUGCCUGGCACCUUGUUCUCACCACACUUCAGCACCUCGCUUGGAUCCUCGGACUCAAACCCUCGACUGGUGGUUCGCUCAAAGCCGGACGAACCGCCGCUGACUCCAACGCUAUGUUAACCACUGCUGUAAUGGCCGACUUGCCGAUCCUCAGUGCCAUGCUCAGUCGAUUAUUCGAGAGCAGUCAGCAUCUCAACGACGUGGCGCUUCACCACCUCAUCGACGCCCUUUGUAAACUUAGUCAGGAGGCCAUGGAACUGGCCUACACCAAUAGAGAACCGUCUCUUUUCGCGGUAGCGAAGCUUUUAGAAACUGGAUUAGUCAAUUUACCAAGAGUGGAAGUCUUAUGGAGACCGUUAACUAACCAUUUGUUAGAAGUUUGUCAGCAUCCUCAUAUAAGGAUGAGAGAAUGGGGCGUUGAAGCAAUUACGUAUCUGGUGAAAGCCGCCCUUCAACAUAAAUAUCCUCAGCCACUAAGAGAUAACCAAAAACUGCAAACACUUCUCCUAGGGCCAUUAUCUGAAUUAUCGUUGGUGCGACACGCUGAUGUCAGACAAAGGCAAUUGGAAUGCGUAUUACAGAUUCUGCAUGGCGCUGGUGAGACGUUAUUUCACGGUUGGCCAUUAGUACUAGGAAUCAUUGGCGCAGUUUCCGAUCACCAUGGAGAGGCUUUAGUUCGAAUAGCUUUUCAAUGUCUGCAAUUAGUAGUAACAGACUUUUUACCGGUAAUGCCUUGGAGGUGUCUUCCCCUUUGUGUUGAUACAGCGGCAAAGUUUGGCUCCCAAACUCAAGAGCUAAAUAUAUCGCUUACCGCUGUUGGUCAAAUGUGGAACAUAAGCGAUUACUUUUAUCAAAAUCAAGAGAAAAUCUGUGCAUCGCUACGUGGCGAUUCUGCCUCUGUGUUCCCAGACUUCCCCGGCACUACUAAUAUGCCAGCCUUUGAUAAACUGUGGAUGUGCCUGUAUGCACGACUCGGUGAUCUAUGCGUGGAUCCUCGACCGGCGGUACGCAAAUCCGCGAGCCAAACUCUUUUCUCCACGAUAUCCGCUCAUGGCAGUUUAUUACACCAACCGACGUGGCAGGCCGUACUUUGGCAGGUUCUAUUUCCGCUUCUAGACAAAGUUAGGAGCUUAUCCAGCUCGGCGAGCAAUGAAAAAGUCGAUACUUCUGGUAACAUACUUAUACAUCACAGUAGGAACACGGCCCAGAAACAAUGGGCGGAAACGCAGGUACUGACUUUAAGUGGUGUUGCCAGAGUUUUUAACACAAAACGUCAGCUUUUGCAAAUGCUAGGGGAUUUCCCGAGAGCUUGGUCACUUCUCUUAGAAUUCAUUGAAAAUUCGGCACUCAGUAAAAAUAACGAGGUUUCCCUCGCUGCCUUAAAGUCAUUUCAAGAAAUUUUAUAUCUUCCUAAAAAUAUCGACAAUAAUGAUUCUGUGCAGCCAGACGAUUCUGAAGCGUUGUGGAUUGUUGCAUGGCGCAUUUGGCUUAACAUUGGCUUAGAUAGUACGAAACCACCCCAAGAUAUGGAAAUAGAGCCUUACAUUCCAUCGCAAGCAUUCUUAACUGCUUUAGUUCAAAUAUUUCCCGCCGUUUUCCAACACGUUAAAUAUAAAUUUUCUGCGAUCGACUUACAAAAAUUGUGCCUCGUCCUAAAAAAUGCAGUCGCUGUACCAGUACACGGGGAAUCCACACCUUACAUCUUACCGACUGUACCAGACAUCGUCCUUACACAGUUACAAGACGGAAUACUGCACUCCAUGGAACUGCUUCAAAAAGAAGCAUUGUCGACAACUGAAAAUUUGCAAACAAUGAUUAGCCCAAUUUUUUUGCAAUUACUGUAUUUUUCAAAAUUAGCAUGCGAACCACCAAUAUUCGGAAAAAUUGCUACAAAACACAUUUCUCAAGUUAGAGGCGUAUCCACGGAUUGGGUUAUUAUGAAUUAUGUACCAUUCGGAGAAAAAGCACUGACUAUGGUCGUCAAUUUAUAUCAGAAAACUGCAGCGAAGAUUCUCGUAAUCGAGGGUCAUAUCCUAAAAUACAUUAUAGAAGCACUUCACGUUCCUUUAGCUAUGAAAUAUGUAUGUCCUUCACAUACCACCUGGAAACUAGCAGUAAAGAGUCUUUUAACUAUUUUACACAUAGGUUUACCACUUGCAAGAAAAUACCCAGAUCAUUUUCAAAAUAUGUGGCAAGAGCUCGCCAAUACUCUCGAUCAUUUUCUAUUUCCUUCAAGUGUAAUUAAUGCUGAUCGAGGUGUGGAAGAAAUUCAAGCUGAUGAAGCAGUAGAUUGUCAAGUAAUGGAGCUUUUGAGAGAUGAAGUUUUACCGCAUUCGCAAUACAUUCCACAUCAAUUUAUUUUACGAGUUGUUAUGUUGUUAAAUAAAGGAUCCAUUCAUUCUGCAACAUCUAAUAUUGAAAAAAAUGGUGAACCAAAAUUGAGAGAAGAAUUUGCAAAAACAUGUUUCGAAACUCUUUUACAAUUCUCACUGCUCGAUGGUUUAAAUAACGAAAUUGAAUAUAGUGAUACUGAUAACAUAGCAGAUGAAGGUGGCGUUGCUGGUCGACUUGCCGUCACGGCCUUGUUACAUAGAUUUCAAGAAGUUCUUAAGAGAUAUAUCGAAGAUGAGCGUCGAAGUGGCAAAUGUCCGCUCCCUAGGUACAGGUUGUCGGAAAUAUCAUUCGUCUUGAAAGCUGUAGCAACUCUUGUCGUCUCACUAAAAAAGGCUCCAGCAAAUAAAGUGGAGCGUUUGGUAUGGGAGCAGCUAAUAGGGUUGUAUCCAUGUCUCGUCGAAUGUACGGUCGCAACAGCCUCAGGCCAAGUCUCGCGUUCAUUAAGAGAAGCGCUAAUGCAGUACCACGAUCUCCUUAGACCACCCACAAAUAAUUCUCCUAAUUCAAAUUCUGUUUGUUAUCGUCCUUUUUAACAAAAAUCGAUGCUGUAGAUUCAAAAGGAAUAGAUUAAAAA